AUGCGUAAGCGCCGGUGGGAUCGUAUCGAUGUGCAUUACCGUGUCGUUGAGCCAACAAGACAUCUAGAGAGUUCUAUAGCUCGUCAGCAACAGGCUAGGCCAUAUCAAUCAGAUCAAGUAACUUCAGAAGGUAACAAUUCUUCUGUACCAAUCACUGGAAAUUCCCAGCGGCUUAGUCCUGGAAGCCCCGCUGAUUAUCGCAUCAGAUAUCUACGCACCAACCACUCUCUCUAUGGUACCGCAUCUCGACAUUAUCUCUUUAUCGGUACUUCAUUGUCGAGUCAGGCCCAAGAGCCCUUCAUUUUCCUGACGCUUAUUACUUGCGACGGCAAGGGGAUACCGGCUCGGUUGGCAUGGUUCCUCGAUCCCUUGAGCUACAAAUUGCAAAGGCCCUAUCAUAAGAACCGCAACACGUUUGUUACAUGGACACAGGCUACUGCGGUGGCUUCAAUCGGUAAAGAAUAUGUCGAAGGUGACAUGCAUGGGCAUCAACUAUCACCUAGGGAGUUGUGUAAUCUCAGGAAGACCAUGGACCAUCAGCUCAACCACCAUCUGAACCUCGUUGAUUGCUUCAAAGACCUCCAUCUUGCUGAUACCAGGUUCGAAUUUGAGUGGCAGAGGGAGAACACCUACCGAGACAUUGACAGGGUCCUUGGCAAUUCCGAGUCCUGUCUCGACCCUGAAUGUCGUCUUCUCGAACUUCUAAAGAAAUGA